CGUCAUCAGUCCGCGACGGGGCAGGCGGGGAUGAUGGGCGUGGCUGCAGGUCGCCCUUCCCCAUUUGCGGUUCCACAACCGUCUGGCUGCCCCUGGAACUCCAGGGCUAGCCUGGACUCGUUCUAUAUCAUCCUCACCCGCACCCGGACUUUCAUCCAGGCACGCACUCCAACGUGGCAAGAAUCAAAGUUCUCGAACUUUGGUCUGGCGAUCUGGGCAGAAAGAAACUCAGAGGCUGCGUCUGCCCCAGUACAAGCUUAGCAGCCACUUCUAGCCCUCACAGAGACCUGCCUCAGCGCGCAAUCUACAGGAUUCCCUCAACGCGACUCUUGACCUCCACAGAUAUCCCCUUUGACGUGAGUCAUGGUAGCGCCUAUGAAGGGCCAAGUGUGUGUGGUAACUGGUGCCUCCAGGGGUAUUGGCCGUGGCAUUGCCUUACAGCUUUGCAAAGCAGGUGCCACAGUUUACAUUACCGGCCGCCAUCUGGACACCCUUAGAGCUACUGCCCAGGAGGCACAGUCCCUCGGGGGCCGGUGUGUGCCAGUGGUGUGUGACUCAAGCCAGGAGAGUGAAGUGAAAAGCCUGUUUGAGCAAGUAGAUCGGGAACAGAAAGGGCGGCUAGAUGUUCUGGUCAAUAAUGCCUAUGCUGGUGUCCAGGCAAUCCUGAACGCCAGCAACAAGUCAUUCUGGGAAGUUCCUGCCUCCAUAUGGGAUGAUAUAAACAAUGUUGGACUCAGAGGCCACUACUUAUGCUCUGUGUAUGGGGCGAGGCUGAUGGUGCCAGCUGGCAAAGGACUCAUCGUGAUUGUCUCCUCCCCUGGGGGGCUGCAGCAUAUGUUCAAUGUCCCUUAUGGUGUGGGCAAAGCUGCGUGUGACAGACUGGCUGCUGACUGUGCCCAUGAGCUACGGCGUCAUGGAGUCAGCUACGUGUCUCUGUGGCCAGGGCUGGUGCAAACAGAACUGGUGAAGGAGUUUAUAACAAAAGAGGAGCAUCAUGAGCACCCUCUAUUUAAGAAGAUGAAACCAGAUUUCUUAUCCGCGGAAAGUACAGAAAUGAGCGGCAAGUGUGUGGUGGCCUUGGCAACAGACCCCAAUAUCCUGAACUUGAGUGGGAAGGUGCUGCCAUCCUGUGACCUCGCUCGACGCUAUGGCCUUAAGGAUAUCGAUGGCCGUCCUGUCAAAGACUAUUUUUCUUUGGGCUAUGCCCUCUCACAAGUCUCCAGCCUGGGCUGGCUGAACUCAUACUUGCCUGGCUUCCUCCGUGUGCCCAAGUGGAUCAUCACCCUCUACACCAGCAAAUUCUAACCUCCUGACCUGCUGUCCCAGCCUUCCAGAACCUUGGCUAGCUGAGGCUCAGGUGGGUGGGGCUGUCUUGGUGGAACAAACCGCUUUCGCACACACCCAUGUCUUCCCCAUGAAGAGAAGGUGGCUGCUGGGAGCCUAGUGCAUUCUGGGGGCUCUGGUAGGUUCUUUGUGCCUUAGUUUUCCCCUGUCCCUACAUCUUAAUGUUUUGCUUGAGUAAUUAUAAGUGCUUAUAAAUAGAAGUUAAUAAAGGUCUCAUCUCCCUUUCAA